AUGCUUCAGGAAUUGAUAGCCACACUCGCUUCCGGGGCCCAGAUGUACUGGGCCUCCAGCACGAUCUGGAUGCGCGUGGGGUUCACGGUGCUAGCGACCUGGAUUUUCUGGCGGAUCUGGAGAUUUACAAUCUUGCCACUUUUCCGGCCAAACGAGCCAGUCGAGCUCCCCUACUGGAUUCCCUACUUUGGGCAUGCCGGUGCGUUUUUCAAGGACUCGCACCAACUUAUCAGAAUGGCCCUAAAGCGCUUCGGGACACUGCAACCGUUCAGCAUGAUCAUCGCCGGAGAUCGAUAUUACGUUAUUACCUCGCCGGUAGACACUCGUCCAUUCUUCGCCGACGUGCAAGCGAUGACUACCGACGGAUUCCUCGACCGAGCACUGUUAGCCUUCGGAUGCGCUCCGGAACGUCUGCAUACCUUAUGGCAGCGCAACACACCCACCCGAGUGAACCCGAAGGGGAAGAAUCUCAUCCAUUUGACGCAAGACCUGUUCAAGCACGACCUGGUUCCGGGACCGACGCUAAAUAUGCUACUGGAGAGAUACCAAGGGGCACUCGAUGAACUACUCUCGUGGGACCGCCUCGUGGGCGCCUAUCCCUCCCUGGUCAGUUCGGAGACCGAGGCCAUCUCACUGUACGACAUCUGCGCAGACUUUAUCGCCAACGCCAACCAGGUCGUCCUGUUUGACCGGGCGCUUCUGGACAUCGACCCCGACAUGGCGGUCGACAUGCGGACCUUCACGGAUGAACUCUGGAAGCUCGUCCACCGGUCUCGAUUGGUCGACACCACGGAGGUCACUCGUCUGCUACGCCAGUACGCCUCCGCGUUCAAGACCUACCUGCAGCUGCCACCCGAGGCGCGACCGGACGAGAUGCCAGUCAUCCGAACUUUGCUGGAGACAUAUGCCGAGCUGGGAAUUCAUGAAGAUGACCGGGCCGCCAUGCUGGUCAUGAUCUGCUGGGCUGGUGAUGCCAAUGCCUACAAAGCGGCGUACUGGGUUCUUGCAUACAUUCUGUACGAUCCACAGCUGCGAGAAUUAGUGCGUCAGGAGACAGCGCCGGCGGUCGGACCAGACGGGAAGCUGGACUGGACCUAUCUGGCCAAGCGAUGCCCACAACUCUCGUCGAUCUACCACGAGGUCCUCCGGCUGACCAAACGCGAUGUUAUCGUGCGACAGGUCGUCCGUGACACUGCCAUCGCCGGUAAAAGAUUGCGAAAAGACAGUAUCGCGGUGAUCCCAACCUGUCAGCUGCAUGACAAUCCGGAGACCUAUGGGUCAGAUGCAGCAUCGUUCAAUCCCGAUCGCUUUCUGAAAAAGCCCGGCCUGGCUCAAACCACAUUUUUCCCGUACGGCGGGGGACGCCACUACUGUCCGGGACGAUACUUUGUGGAGCUGGAGAUCUUUGGGUUGGCGGCGCUGAUGCUCAAUCGAUACGACAUGCAGCUGGCUUGGCAGGCGCCGUUCCCCCGGCGCGACGAAAGUCUGGUCACUUUGGGCAUUUCCCGACCGGUUCCGGGAGAUGAUCUCCAUGUGACGUUGAAUUGGAAGGAGGGGAACAAGAAUUAG